UAAUAUGAAGAAGAAAUGUCGUUUGACGAGACCCGCCUAAUGGAAACCAACUGCUUGCGUGAGAACAAAAGGCCAAUUAAAUGCCUCACCUUAAUGAGUGCUGUAAAAAGUGACCUGUGUCCUUUAUUUGCGGUUGUGAGGCAAACAUAUAAAACGCCGGAGCAAGAUCGGCAGCAAACCGAGAGCAGACUUGAUCCGGUGUGGACAAAGUCUGACAGAAUGGCGGCUUUCGACAUGUUCACUGUUGUCUUUUUACUGGUCGGCACCAUCAGCCUGCAUCCUGUUCGGGCACAGACUCCGGAUGAAAAUGACACACCUACACCACCACCUUAUCCAACCACUACUCCAGCAACAGCGACAUGGGGCAACCUUUAUUAUGGCAACCCAUCUAAUAUAAUAUGCGUGGCUGGAGGUGACACUCUGGUUUUAAACCCUAAGCCAGGCGUCGUCAUUCAAUUUCGUUUUGUGGGCAACGCUAUUUGGGUUCAGGGUAUCGUAGAUCCAGGCGUACCAGUGCCCUCACCGGUGCCCUCACCAGUGCCCGCACCAGUGCCCUCACCUGUGCCCUCACCUGUGCCCUCACCUGUAAACACACCAGCGCCUCCUUUAGACCCAAUACCGGUUCCCCCUCCAAAUCCAUCUGCAACACCAGAUGACAGAAAGUGACGGCACUACUGGAUUAGAGCUGCAGCUUUAUUCCUUUGUUUCCUUUGAUUGUUCAAUUGCCAUCAAGACUUUUUCUGCUGCUUGCAUUCUCCUCCUGUAAUCUGUCAAUCAUAAGCAUCAUGUAGUCUGGUGUGACAUGAAAACACUUGAUUGGUUUCCAUGUUGUUUGCACGCUCGCUCCCGGUAAAUUGUUUUGCUUGAAUAAAACUCAUGAGAACUCA